AUGCGUCAAUGUGAAGAAGACAAGGUGAGCCAGAAGAGGAAGGAGCGCCAAAGGCGCGAAGCGAAUGUUGCGCUUUCGCAUGUUAUCAUCCACGAAGAUCCUGCAGGAAAAGAUGAGACACCGGUACCCGGACAUGAUGAGAAGCUACCGGCGAAAGACGUAUCGCCAGAUCCCUCUGACGCUGCUCAGUCACUUCGCCCUCUACCGCAGAUCUCGCGCAAAAGACAACGCGAGCCUAGUUGCGAGUCACGAGACCCGUCACUCAAGGAGUCGAUUGUCGAUACAUCCCAGCGAGAUUCCACCGACGUACACAGCCCGUACUCAGAAUCAGCAACCGCCCCAUUGGAAUACUACAUUCGCCUAGCCUCAAAGUCCAUGUCGCUCCCAACUCCUUCCGACUCGUACUUCACCUCACCAGAGCACGCGCCAGUACUCCACCGCAAUCGCGAGAACAAGAUCAUAAUGUACACAGGCUCCUUCAACCCACCGCAUCUUGGUCACUUCGAACUGGCCUUUCAUACAUUCCUACGUAGCUCCUCCACCACCAUCGCCGUCGUCUUCCUUCCAUUUCGCGAUAAACUCAAAGCGAAAGACGGCGCUAUGGUCAACGGAAAGGUCUUCGCCACUGAAAAAGAACAAAGAAUCGCGCUACUACAAAACAACCUACUGCAGCGCUGGACUUGGUUUCACAGAGGCCAUCGCACAGAUUUCGAAAAAUACGGGGCUACUCUGAUCAAAGAAGCGAAGAAAGACGGAUUCCAAGUUUCCUUUGUAGUCCUAGCUGGAAGCGAUAAAUUCGAACGCGAAAAAGUCGAAACAAAGCCUUCUUGGCUCAUAGGAUGGGGAGAAAUAAUCACCAGCGACAUUACACGGCCUUCUAGUCUGUUCAAGGGUCCAGAGCGUCCGCCCACACGGUUACCUGGAUCUGUGAAUGCGGAGGCGCGAAUCAUGAAUGUCGCAUAUCUCUACGAAUCCAAGAGUACUGCGGUGGGCAUGCUGCUUUGGAAGGCGAGCCGCAUGUUAGAUCCAGGCAAGACAACUUGCUGCAUGAGAUUCUGGUAA